AAUACAUAAUAUGAAAAUUAUUGUAUUUUGCCCUUGCACCAAGAUGAUAGCUCUCUUAAUUGUCGUCAUCAUUUUUAAGAGUUGUUAAUCCACAACGGAUAUGACCCAUUAGUUAGUAAUUCAAAGCACCAGUGCCAGUGAAGUGAUUUGCUUGAUAAUGGACUCGGGCCUCUUUCUUUUUUCUUUUUUUACUGGGUUUAGCAUUUGGUGUUGCUAAUGGUUGGGCUGUCUGUAUGCCUGAUACUCUAACACUGCAUACUGAUAAAUUGUGAUUCUUAGAUGAUGAUGUAUUUACGUUAAAGAAUUUGGUGAGCUACAAUGAUUAUUACAUGUCGUUAAAAUGUUUGAAUUGUGUGAGCUUACUUUUCCCCUCUCUCUCUCCCUUUGUACUGCCCUCUGCUGCCCCUCCACCAGUGUUCACAAUAUUCAGAAGGAGUGGUUCGUGUAAGUUUGGCGCAUAUUAAUUUGCGUCAGGGUGUAGCAAGACUUGUGUGAUGCUCCGUUCCUGUUAGAGGAUGGUGAGUACGACCACCUGACUUAUUCACGUCCAGUGGGCGAAGUGAAGCCGCACUACUACACUAUGGCAUCUCAGCUACGCCGUUCGGCUGAUCAGUUGUCUAAGGAGGCACCCACCACCAGCAGACCUUCAACUGGAACAACCAAGAAGCAACGUUCUACACAUUCUUCGUCAUCAUCAUCAUCUAAUGAGUUGAAUAUUUCCCGGCCUGAAGCCAAUUUAGAUGAUAACGAUGAUUACCCUUGUCUAGCUCAAAGUACUAGUGAAGAUGGAGUGCCAAAAGUGAGUAAUCUCAAUCCUGCUGCCAGUGAUGAUGAAUAUGCAAGGCUUAAGGUCAACAACUUCGAUGUUUCAGUGGAUUCUGGAAAGCGAGGUGCUUAUGCAAAAUUUGAAGAUGAAUUUAAUGUUACUGCCUCCACAGCUCUUGAGGAUUCAGACACUAGUCACAACAAUACAGCUGAAACAGAGGUCCUAAGUUCACAGAUAAACUUUUAAAGUGAAUUGAUUCUGGGAGGAUUUCCAGACAGUGUGUGUAAACUGGACAGUGCAAAAUCAAACUUCUUGAAACCUGCAUCAUUGAAUAAAAAGGAGUGGCAAACAAUGCUGAUUAAUAAUCCAGGCCUGAAGUAAAUGGGGUUUGAUGUAAAUGAAGAUUUUUAUACUUGAUUGAAGAAAAUGGUUUGAAACUGCAAUUUGGUCCAUAGUGUAGUGUUGCUUAUAUUGACUGAGCUUCUCAAGUAUUGCCCCUGGUCAUUAAUCUGUUAUCAUAUAACAAGUUAAGACACUGUUGUGCAAUUCUCUAUGUACAGAUUCAUAUGUAAUUUUUAUUAGUACAUGUUUGCAAUUGAUAAUUUAACUACAAUAAGAAACAAAGUAGUGUCCAUCCAUAGUGAUAAUUGGUUGUGUAUAGAUAAUUGUGGCAAAAAAAUCAUCACCUCUUCAUGGCCUUCAUAAGUGUAAAAGAUAUUUUGUGGAUAAAUAUCCAGUGACAAGUUAUAAACAAGUUGAAUGGAUGAAUAUAAAGGGAUUAUUAUUAUUAGUUUGGAUAAUGAAUGUAUAUUCUGUAGCAGUGUCUUGGAUUUGUUAAUGUGGGAGAGUGUUUCAAGGUAAUGCCAUCUAUCAUGAACAUUUGUUAAUUUUCACUGCUUUUAUAUAUUUUUUGUAAACUAUUAUUUUGUGAAUUUGAACUGUUUACUACAGUAUUUCAGCUGGACUUGAAGGUGAUAGUAACAGAGGCUUUUCAUAGUAUUUAUGAAUGUUAAUAUCAAAUUUAGUUUUUACAGAAUGGACAAAGCUGCUUAAUGAAAUUCUUAGUGAUUCCACAUCUUACUAUUUUCAGUUUAGUAUUGUAUUCUUUCUUGUUUUGAGUUGUUUGUUUAAUUGGUCUUGGAAAUUGGCAAGUUUUAGUAAUUUUUAACUUUCUUAAGAUUUUAAAGUGUAUCAAGUGAAAUGAAAUAAGGAUUUUUUUUGUCUUGUUGAUUUAAAGGUUUUAUUGAGCAAAUAUUUUUUUUAUAUAAUUAACUCCAUAUGCCUGCAUUUAUGUUUUUGCAUGAUCUGUGCAAAAAUAACUGGCAAGGUUGAACAAGAAUUUGCCAAAUGUUGUGUCGGGGAGAAAGUUUUCUUAGUGAGUUAAAAAGUUUUCUUUUGGAAUUUACUACUUGGCUAAUUUUGUCAUUGAACUGAUGUCUUGGCAGGUUAGAAUUGUUCCUGAUUAUAUUUAUUUUUUUAUCAGACUAUAUACUAUAAAAAUGAACUUGAUCCUAGUUAAGCUUUAAAUAUAUAUACGGUAUGCCCAUUAUCAUAUCAUAGUCAUAUAGUUUGUUCUGUUUAAUGAUUUAUAGUAUAAAAAAAACACACAAGUCUCUUUAGAUCCUCUUUGAGUCUCCUAUCUAAGCAUUCAGCCAAUACCUUGGAGUUGAGAAAAGCUUUUGUCUUCAAAAGAUUUGACUGAUAAAGCUAAACCCUUUGAUACCUGUACAAUAUUACCAAACUGGGCUGUGUAGUUAGUGAAUUCUUUCUUGUUUUCCUUCUGUAUAACUCAUUUAAAAUUUCAAAGCCUUUAAUAUUUCUUUAAAAAAAAACUUGUCUUUGCAUUUAACUUUCUUAAAAAGUACAUGUUCAGCUUACUUGAUCCCCAGAAGAAUUGGUGACAUGUGUUGCCACUCUCAUCAUCAGUUCAGCAGUCUUAACACUAGGAAUUCAUUAUGCAGGAAAGGUAUUGGUGUUAGUUUUCAGUUUGUCAGCUCUAAUUUACAUUACUAAGGCCCCUUAAGAUUUGACCAAGAAGAAUCCUUGUGCUCGUUUAAGAUUUUUCACCUAGUCAACUGCUCUUAACAUUAAUAUAAAGGAAUAUGGAUUAUGUAUCUAGUAUACCAUUUUUGUAUUGUCAUCAAAGGCAAAAAAAAAAAAUUAC